ACUCGUAGUACACCAACAGCUACACUUCUCAUCACUGCCACUGCCAAAAAAAGCUACCGCUGAGUCAUUUUUAUCCGGGUAGAACCAAAGAUGCUGGGUGACUUCUGUAUCUGCCCCUGUUUUGGAAAUCAUAACACGGACGAUACAGAACCUGAUCGUGAUCCGGUCCUACUAGUUUCCGGAAUUGGAGGGUGCAUUCUCAAUUCCAAGAAGAAGAAUCUCGGGUUUGAAUUUGAGACCCGGGUUUGGGUACGGAUUCUUUUGGCUGAUUAUGAGUUCAAGAAGAAAAUUUGGUCUUUAUAUAAUCCCAAAACAGGUUAUACAGAAGUAUUGGACGAAAGCACUGAACUCGUGGUCCCUGAUGAUGAUUAUGGGCUGUAUGCAAUUGACAUUUUAGAUCCGUCGUUGUUUGUUAAAGUGUUACAUUUGACAGAGAUAUAUCAUUUCCAUGAUAUGAUUGACAUGCUUUUAAAAUGUGGAUAUAAGAAGGGAACCACAUUGUUUGGAUAUGGCUAUGAUUUCCGGCAAAGUAAUCGAAUUGGCAAAUCAAUGGAAGGUCUUAAGGCAAAGCUUGAAACUGCUUAUGAAGCUUCUGGGCAGAGAAAAGUUAACAUAAUAUCACAUUCAAUGGGGGGACUGUUGGUGUUAUGUUUCAUGUCACUUUAUACAGAUGUGGUUUCAAAGUUUGUGAACAAGUGGAUCUCCAUUGCAUGCCCUUUCCAAGGUGCACCAGGAUGCAUCAAUGAUUCCCUGUUAACUGGAUUACAAUUUGUCGAAGGGUUCGAGAGCUACUUUUUUGUUUCUAGGUGGACAAUGCACCAGCUGCUUGUUGAAUGCCCAUCAAUCUAUGAAAUGUUGGCAAAUCCAGAUUUCAAGUGGGAAAGCCAACCACAAAUUCAAGUUUGGCGCAAGCAAUCAGAUAGUGACGAGGCUUCUGUCAAGUUGGAGUCUUAUGGUCCCCAAGACAGUAUCACUUUAUUUCAAGAAGCAUUAAGGAAUAAUGAGCUAAAUUACGAUGGAAAUAAAAUAUCUUUACCCUUCAACUUUCACAUCCUCAAAUGGGCUGCUGGAACUCGCCAAAUACUCAAUGAUGCACAACUGCCGAAAGGGGUUUCUUUCUAUAAUAUUUUUGGGACAUCAAAUGAUACACCUUUUAAUGUUCGAUAUGGUACGGAAAAAUCUCCAAUUGAGGAUUUGUCUGAAGUCUGCCAUACUUUGCCCCAGUAUUCUUAUGUGGAUGGAGAUGGGACUGUUCCAGCAGAAUCAGCCAAGGCGGAUGGAUUCGAGGCAGUUGAAAGAGUAGGAGUUGCAGCUAGCCACCGUGGGCUGCUACAUGACAAGACAGUAUUUGCACUUGUUCGGAAAUGGUUGGGAGUUGCGCAGGAGCAAACUAAGCUUUCAAGAACAUCUAGAGUAAUGGAUGUUUCUUCAGUUUCACACGUCCAAGCGUGAAUAUAACUAUUAUGUACAUGUCACAGCACAAAAAUAGUAAAAGAAAAAGGAUAUAAAAUCAGAAACCUAUUUGAAUGCUGCAAAAAGGAGAUAAAAGGAUGUUGUAAAUAUUGCAUUUUGAUUAUUUUAUUGCAAGGCCUUAUUCUUUAAA